GUUGAUAACAUAUUAAUGCAUUCACCACAACGUCUGACCUCAUCCAUACGCAUAAUUUGCCUCACCUUCUUUCUCCCUCCGGGCUUUUUUGGGAAUAGGUGAAGUUUGACCAGUUCCUGACCUGCUUCAUAUUCAAUAUUUAUCCCCGCCCCUCCGCCAGGGCCACUCAUCCACUCAGCCCCGUGGAGAGCUCUGGGCUGCUCUCGUCUUUCUCCAGGGGUCCCAACUGAACGCCUCAGCCAGCGAAAAACGCGUGGAUUUUAUUUUUGCCCUCUCCAGGCGGAGUAACUCAGCAUGGCUAGCUUGACUGGUGUCUGGCUGCGUCCGGGCGUCCUGCGGCUCGUAGUCUUGCUGCAAAUCAUCAGCUUGUGCUUGACCCAGGGUCCGUUCGAUGAGCAACGUGUAGUUGGAUCCCCGGGCCCAGCUGGGAUUCCUGGAUCGGACGGUAUCGAUGGGGAACGUGGACCUCCUGGGCCCCCUGGUCCACCAGGAGCAAAGGGUGAUCCUGGUGAACCUGGACUAGAUGGACCUCAAGGUGACCCGGGAUAUGAUGGUCUGGAAGGUCUAAAGGGAGAGCCAGGGAUCGCUGGAAGGCCAGGUCCCAAAGGUCAGGUGGGCUUUCCUGGGACUCCUGGACCACCAGGGGCUGGAACCAUGGGACCACGUGGUCCUCCUGGUCCAGUUGGUCUUCCUGGAGAAAUUGGCCGUCCUGGAGCUAAAGGUGCAGCAGGACGGCUUGGAGCAAUUGGGCAGCCAGGACCACCAGGUCAACAGGGGCUUCCUGGUAACCUCCAUGGUGCAGAGGGCAGUGCGGACCUCCUGUGCCCAACCUCUUGCCCUCCAGGACUGAAAGGCCCACAGGGACUUCAGGGUCUCAAGGGACACAAGGGCAAACCAGGACCUCUGGGAGAUUCUGGCAGACAGGGACCCCCAGGCAUUAAAGGUUCUACUGGCAUCUCAGGAGAACAAGGCAUUCCAGGCCAACCAGGUCCUCAGGGUCUUCGAGGAUACCCUGGCAUGAUGGGAGCAAAAGGCGAACGAGGUCCUCGUGGAUACAAGGGCAUGGUGGGUCCAACUGGCCCAAUGGGUCUUCAGGGUAAACAAGGCCCUGAGGGGCCACUUGGAGAUUUUGGUGACAAAGGAGAGCGGGGAGUACGAGGGCAACGUGGACGUCAAGGUCAAAGUGGACUGAAGGGACAAAAUGGAUUACCGGGCAUCGAUGGCAAGGACGGCACCCCUGGGGUUCCUGGUAUGAAGGGAGAUGCAGGACAAUCUGGAAUUCCAGGACCUGCUGGUCCCCAGGGAGGAGCUGGUUUACCUGGACAACCUGGUCAGAAGGGAGCUGCUGGUUCUAAGGGUGAAAGAGGGACUCAAGGAAUGACUGGUCCCACUGGCCCUCCAGGUCAAAUGGGUGAGCCUGGACCUGAAGGUGAGAUUGGCCCACCAGGACCCAUGGGUCUAAAGUCUUCUGGAACUUCACUAGCAGCUAAAGAUGAAGAUGAAGAUGAGUCGUUAGUCAGCGUUAAGUCAUUUGCUGAUGCUGCUUCAUUAACUGGUGCUGGCAGCUAA